AUGGAUACGCUGGUCAAAGUUGAUGACGAGCUGGUUCCCGUGGACCCUGCGCCGCAGUCAUAUGGCUCCAGGAAUGAGAGACGUGAGCGCCUCCAAGGCCUCCCGGUCUCCAUCAAUGGCAGGAUUUACUCGUCACCAGCAGACAAUUCAGACAACCCAACGUUGCCUCGGGUGCGAACGACACAAUCCAACACGUCGGUCCAUGACUGUAAUCGGUCUGGCGGAAAUUCGUCAAGUCAUGGAUACCCACGAGGCACACCCGAUCCGGCCGGGGGCACUGUCCAGCGCGACAAGGACGGCAAACUGAAUGGCGUGCUCAGAGGUGCCGUCUUUCGGAUAGUCUGGCCCUCUGUAGCGCGGGCAGCGAGCAUGAAAGAGAAGGAGGACGCCAUUCAGUCUCCCCUGAAGGCCUUCAAUGCCAUGGGAUAUACGGGUAUCGACUUGGCCAUGGACGACACCAUCUGGGAACCACUGGUGGCGUUGAGGAACGAUACAAACGGACUGCAAGGCAUGCGAAUAGCCGCAUACUGGCUCACGAAACCGACUGAUUCACCGGACAAGCUCCCUGCGCAGGUCGACGCUGCCGCAGAGUUGGCGAGGCAACACAGCGCAGAAACCACGACAGACUGUCGAGUCGGCGGCGUCAAGGUCAUCACCAUCACGGAUGGCAUCAUGGACACGUGCGCCGCGUCCCAGACAGAGCCGCACUACAAUGGCGAGAACGCAGACUCAUUGUGGCCAGGACACCUCCGCCAUCACGUCGUCGCCCGAGUCCACGCCACGGGAUUUCAAGUUGCCCUCCCACGCUGCCGACGGCGAAGCGCCCUUGGCACGGGCAUCCCAUGCACCUACCACUCCCCGUGA